UAACGACAAGUCAACAAUGUGCAUUGAUCGAUGAAGAUGAGGCCUGAAACGUAGUCUACAUCAGCACUGAUUGAUCAUGGAACAAUACACAAUAUUGGGUAGAAUUGGAGAAGGUGCUCAUGGUAUUGUCCUGAAAGCAAAGCAUGUAGAGAGUGGUGAAGUCGUUGCUCUGAAGAAGGUUCCUCUCAGGAAACUAGAUGAUGGUAUCCCUACCACAGCUCUCAGGGAAAUAAAAGCUUUGCAAGAGAUUGAAGAAAAUCCUUAUGUGGUGAACCUUCGUGAAGUGUUCCCUCAUGGCUGCAGUUUGGUACUUGUGUUUGAAUAUAUGUUGUCUGACCUAUCAGAGGUCAUUAAGAACUCUGAUCAUCCAUUGUCUGAGGCCCAGGUCAAGUCCUACAUGUUGAUGCUGUUGAAAGGUGUUGCAUUCUCACAUGAAAACAACAUCAUGCAUAGGGAUUUAAAGCCAGCAAAUUUGUUGAUAAGCUCAACUGGGCAUCUGAAAAUAGCUGAUUUUGGACUAGCCAGAGUGUUCCAAAACAAGGGUGACCGACAAUACAGUCACCAAGUUGCCACAAGGUGGUAUCGUGCCCCAGAGCUUCUGUAUGGUGCCAGAAAGUAUGAUGAGGGUGUUGACAUUUGGGCUGUUGGAUGUAUAUUUGGGGAACUUCUCAAUAAUUCACCACUUUUUCCUGGAGAGAAUGAUAUAGAACAGUUGUGCUGUGUUUUAAGAGUGCUUGGGACACCUAAUGAGAGCAUAUGGCCUGGUAUUUCCGAAUUGCCUGACUUCAACAAAAUUACAUUUCCGGAUAAUCAGCCAAUUCCCCUAGAAGAGAUUGUACCAGAUGCCACCCAUGAAGCUCUAAGCUUGCUCAAAAAGCUUUUAGUUUAUCCAACGAAGUCAAGAAUUUCCGCCAAGGAUGCCCUACUUCAUCCCUACUUUUUCAGUGAGCCUCUCCCUGCUCAUCACUCAGAAUUGCCGAUUCCUCAACGCAGCAAGAGGGGAUUGCCUCGACGACAACAGACCCAUGAAUACAAUAUUGAUCUUCCUUUGGAAAAAAGUUUGAUAGACCCUGAAUUUUUAGCACCAUAUGUUGUGAAAUUUAAAUAGACACUAUUCAAAAGAGAUAAUGUAUGCAUACAUGUACAAUAUACAUGUACAAUAUACAUAUGCUGUGAUGUGUUCUGGUAUCAUAAUGUUAUACAUAAAAGUACAUUUUGUUGAAAUCAUGUUUAAAUGUGGCCAGGUCAUUUCAUCCAUGUAACACAUUCACACAAAUUAGUGGCAUACACUUAUAUAGCCUGGAUUAUUUCCCUUUAUUUUGCAAAAUGAAGAGAGUUUGGUAGUUGAAUUGGGUUAUUUCCCUUUGUUUUAAAUAUAGAAGCCUAGAGAGGGACAUGCGACAUUGAUAAUAUCUGUCUGUGUUACAUACAAUGGGGAAGAGUUUCCAGGUGUGUGUAUAUUAACAACUGACAAAACACUGACAGAUACUGAUCAUAUGUUCAAGUGAUUGAAGAUGGAUGUACAUAGUAUGUUGUAAGAUUCUGUAGUGUAUAUGGUAUACGGAAAGUGAUUGGAGAGUAUAUGUGUUUCUGUCAGAUGUGUGCAAGGAGAUAACCAAUUUUCUUCAGCAGUAUUUCAAGCUGUUUCUCAGUUGAUAAUAUUUCAAUUAUUAUCUUGCCAUCUGUAUGAUGUAUAGUGGUGUGUUCUGUUACACAAUAUCAUUUAAGAAGAGUGAAGAUAUCACCUGAAUUUGCAUGAAUGAUUAUAUAUAAAUCAUAUGAUUGAGAAAGAUCGUCAGAGGAAAGCUUCUUUUUCUAUAACAUUUCGUCAAUGAUAGAUCAAUAUCAUUAUUAACACCUGAUGACUCCAGUUGGUCUCAUGAUACAAUACAGGGACUUAACAGUGGUGUGACUAGGUCGGAUGUCAUUCUGCAUCCAUGGAGGAGCUGAUCUAGCGUCAUCUGCAGCUUGCUUGUGUACAGAUUUUAUCUUCAAGUGUCAUAUGGAUUUGACACAUGUCUAGGAAAAAGGUUGAUUGUAAUAUUUGAGAUAUAAUGCUUAUAUGUUUUUUUUUUUUCAUUUAAUUUCAAAUAUAAAG